AUGGCCUGCGAGUGUGGCCAGAAGCUGGGGAGAGAGGAGAGGCAGGCGGGGAACUGCCCCACUGUGCUCCCGGUGCUGGGAUGGACCCGGAGCCACGUCCCCAGGGACUCCUCCUUGUCCUCCCUCGGCAUUCGGUCCCCGCCCCUCACGCCAUCCCCGCACCCUGGCCCUCCAUCCCUGCGCCCUGGCCCUCCAUCCACACACCGAGUCACGCCAUCCCCGCGCCCUGAUCCUCGACAAAACAGCGAGGACACAGGCGGGCGCUCCAGCUGCACCACCACGCGGGACACCCGGGACCCUGAAGACACCGGCGUCCGGCAAAACCCUACACUGGCCCUGCCGGGGCCGUGGUCAGAGCAUCGCGGGCGCACCGAGGAGUCACGGGUUCAAUUCUCCGUCAAGGACAGAAAGUCCGUGGAAAAGACCCUCAGGGGCUUCUUCUCCGGCCGCGGCCGCGUCAAGCCCGGGGGCCGCUGGCGCGAGGCGGCCUGGCAGCUCUGCGACUACUACCUGCCCUACGCGCUGGGCGGCGGCUACGUGCUCUCCGCCGACCUGGUGCGCUACCUGCGCCUCAGCCGCGAGUACCUGCGCGCCUGGCACAGCGAGGACGUGUCGGUGGGCGCCUGGCUGGCGCCCGUGGACGUGCAGCGCGAGCACGACCCGCGCUUCGACACCGAGUACAAGUCCCGCGGCUGCAGCAACCAGUACCUGGUGACCCACAAGCAGAGCCUGGAGGACAUGCUGGAGAAGCACCAGACGCUGACGCGCGAGGGCCGCCUGUGCAAGCAGGAGGUGCAGCUGCGCCUCUCCUACGUCUACGACUGGUCCGCGCCGCCCUCGCAGUGCUGCCAGAGGAAGGAGGGCAUCCCCUGAGCGCCCUGGCCUUACACCGGGGGAGCCCGCAGGUCUGGCCGCUUGCCUGGAUAAGACCGGCGCUCAAGGCGACCUAGUUUAUCUGGUGACCAGCGGGGCUUUCGGGUAGAUGCCAGGCCGCCGCGGACCACUCCUGGGCCCCAGCUCCAGUCUGCACCCAGGGGCGAGCACGUCAGGGGCCACACCUAUAGUAUUGCAAGAGCAUCUUGUUCUGGGUCUGGCGGACCCAGGGGCUCGCCAGGGCAAUGCCUCAUGUCCAGGUAGAAGUGUCCCGCCCCUGGGUUUCCACCAGCAUUUGCCUGGGCUGGGAAGAUGCCCAGCUCUGAGUGGGAGCGGGGAAGAACCUCCCGGGCCUGCAGGGGCUUGCAGCCCCUCUGCGCGCACACAACACACACCGGCUGUCCCACUGUCGUGUCCCAAGUCCAGGGACGAAGGCCCGGAGGCUGGAGCUGACCCCAAACACAAAUCUGACUUGUUCUGGGAGGGGACUACAUCACGUCCUAAGGCCAUUGUCUCAACCGUCCGCCUAGGAAGUCACUCUGCACCGAGAGCUGUGACUUUUGUAAACUGAUCGCAGGCCCUAACCAGUUGCAACUCAGCUGUGUUGCAACCCAGUGGCUUUUAUGGGAACUGCUGCUGUCUCCUUCAGGCAGGUUACCUCCAGUAUGUCUUCUGUGGGUGUCUUUGGGUGUAAGUCUGAGAUUGAACUUCGUUUUACGUUAACUAGCUUUGGUCUCCUUGUCUCCCUAGAGUGAACUUAUGGUAAAUGAUACUCAGCGCCUGCCUGUGAUUUAUUUAUAAAUACUGUUAAGUUUGUGUAGAUAAGAGUUCCAGUUGUGAGUGUGUGGUCUCAGUGUUUUUUAAAUUAUUUAAGAAGGCUUUUCUAUCAGAACUUGGAAUCCAUGGAUUAAUCUGUUUUUACAGCGUGAGCUGAAGACCCGUCGCUGCGUGUGUGUUUAAACACGGAAGAAUUUUAAAACUGUC